UGCAGCGCCGCCCGAGCCCGGAGCCGAGCAGCGCCGCCGCCGCCGCCGCUGCCGCAUCUGCGGCCUGCACCUGCCGGCCCAGGCAUGGCGCUUCACCGCAGCCAGAAGCUGAACCUGCUGCGUCUGGCAGUCCUCCUGACAGUGGCACUGGCUGGCAUCAAGUUCUUCUUCCGGGACAGCUUUACGCUGGACCAGCGCAGAGAAGUUAGCGGGGAAAGCCACUUCUGGGGUGGCGCUCAUGAGGCCAAGGAGCCGGCCGGCGCCCAGGAUGGAUCCUCCGUGCACAGGUUGGACCCCAAGUCUGCGGCUGGACCCUCCGGCCCGGAGCUGAGGAAACUCCCCCCCCGGGAUUUCAGCACCACGCAGCUGCGGCUGGUGCACCUGGACCUCAAAGGGGCGGCCCCCAAGGUGUCCUACCUGGAGCAGAUCUUCCCACUUUUCUCCAAGAUGGGGGCCAACGGGGUUCUGAUGGAGUAUGAAGACAUGUUUCCCUUUCAGGGAGAGCUGGAGGGCCUCAGAUCGCCCUAUGCUUACAGCGAAGAAGACAUUGUUAAGAUCCAAGAGCUGGCUGGACUCAAUAAGCUGGAAAUAAUCCCGUUAGUGCAGACCUUUGGGCACGUGGAGUUCAUCUUGAAGCACGACAAGUACCGGCAUCUGCGCGAGGUGGAGCGUUUCCCCAACAGCUUCAACCCCCACCUCCCAGAGACCCUGGCCCUCGUGAAGGCCAUGCUCACCCAGGUCCUCAGCAAGCACCCGCAGUCCAGCUGGAUACACAUUGGGGCUGACGAGGUCUUUCACUUAGGGGAAGGGAUGGAUUCGAAGAAUUGGAUGAGUCGCAACGGGGGCAAUACAGGCAAGAUGUACCUGAACCACAUCCGGGAGGUGGUGCACUUCAUUGCCGGCCAGCCCUGGGGGCUGCAGGUGUUGCUCUGGGAUGACAUGCUGCGGAAGGUUGGCAUCGCAGCCAUCCAAGAUUCCGGCAUUGCCAAACACGCUUCUCCCAUGCUGUGGUUUUACGCUCCAGACUUUGAUACGCAGCAAAUAGGAAGGUACAUCGAAAAAUACGCCGAGUGUGGCUUCCCAACCAUCUGGUUUGCGAGCGCCUUCAAAGGCACCACGGGCCCUGCCCAGGCCUGGACCCCCUUAAACACCCACCUGCAAAACCAUCUGCGGUGGCUGAAAGUAGUCAAAUCCAUGGAGAAGACGCCGUCCAUCCGUUUCCAGGGCAUCGUACUUACUGGGUGGCAAAGGUACGACCACUAUUCCGCCUUGUGCGAGCUGCUGCCCGUCGGGAUCCCCUCGCUGGCCGUGUGCUUGCAGACUCUGGUGAACGGAGGCUUCACUGACGCCACCAAGAGGAGAGUCCUCGCCAUCCUUGGCUUCCAGAACCUGCACCUGGAAAAGAACACAUGUGAAGGGACCGGGGCGUUUCCAGGCUCGGAUAUCUAUCGCAUGGUUGAGCAAGUGGAUGGCCAGCUGAAGGACUCUGUCGCCAAAGUCCUGGAGGAGGAGAGCUCCAUCAAGGGAUGGUUCAGCCCAUAUCACCGCAAGCAUCAGUUUGGCAACCCACGAAACAUGGAAAGUUUCGGCAGCAGAGUCCUCAAAGUCCACGAAGACUGGGAGAGUGUCAUCCAGACUCUGCGCUCACACAUGGAGAGCAUCUACUUUCCCGACACUGUGGAGGAAUGGAUGGAGGAAAACGUCAAUCCCCACAUGGACCGGCUGCGCGAAUUUGUCCGGGACUUCAAGGAAGUCAUCCGCCUCAAUGCCCGGCCCAAGAACCUCUAGGGAAGGGCCCCCUCCCAGGCACAAAGGGGGGGCCCAGCCCCAGUUCAGCCCAAGUUGGGUUUUUAAACUUGGGAGAACCUGAGGCUGCGGGGGGGAUCUUCCUUCCGGGACGGGGUCGAGCACCUCUUCUGGUGCUGCAGAGUUGGGCCACCAAAAUCUGUUUCCAGCCUUUCCAGCCAAUCUUGGCCAGGCCAGGAUGGGCCCUGAGGUGGAUUCCCCCCAACUUGGCACUCCCUCCCGCUGGAGAUGGAGAAUCUGUGGAACUGUUUGGAGGGGGAGUGGAAAUUCUAGUGGGGGGCUUGCCGGACAAAACAGUUGUGGUUUUGAUUUCCAUUCUUCUUCCUUUUCAACGUGGUUUAGCACUACCAAGACUGGUACUGUUGGCGACUGAUCUUCUCCACAGUGCUGCUCUUGGAUAGAGAAGGUGCCAUGGCAGGGUGGAAUGAUGGUUGCACUCCGACAGAGAUGGAGGUGGGAAUGUUGCUGAACUAUGUUGAAAAGGACCAAAGGGAAGGAGAACUCUCAUCUUUCCAGCACCAUCCUUUGAAAGUUGCUUCUGAUGCCUGAAAAUUGGUAGAUUAACUUUUUCGCCACUGAGAUUUGAAAUUCAUUCUCAUUUUCACCAAUGACAAGUUCUCAGUUUUGCUGGGGAAAAAAAAGAGACAAGUUAUGCUCUGCUGUAGCCAGGUAGUGGAAUGGUAGCAUCUUGGAGUGGUGGCAACAAACUUGGGGAAAGAGAUUUCAAGCAUUCCUUCUGAAUCCGUAGACCAGGCCAAAGACUUGUUCUUUGGUGGCAACCAGGUUCUCCAGAACAUGAGAUCAAGAAGGCAGCCCUGGGCCAAAUAUCCAUCCCACGCCUCGCUGCCACCCUCAGCCCCAUCAGGCAGUUCCCAAGCUCUCUUUUGUAGGUGUUACCCCUUUCAAAGUUCUGGCUUGCCAAGGGCCUGAAGCUGCCUGAAUUCUGCCUGGCAUCUAGCUUAAAUCUUCCUCAUGAGGAGAAGUGUGUGCCCACAGAAGACUGAAUGCCAUUUUAGGCUGUGAAUUUGUUUUCUCGGGGGAGCGGGAUUGGAUUCCCGUUUGCCACCCACUCUAGUGUUUUGGUGAGAUCCCUUCCCUCGCCCCUGCAGGGGGAGGAAGGAGCUAGACAAAACUGGAGACUCCAUGAGUUGGCUCCAAAGGCAGCACCCCCACCCCUCCGCUACUGAGUCCUCCUGCAGAGGGGGCCGUGUUCUGCCUGCUGCGGCAGCUCAUCCCAGGGUGGUGCUGGCUUGACUGGUUGCUGGGGUGGCACGGAGCAAUUGGUGAGCAUGUAACCAAGCUCCCUGAAAGAUGCCCUGUGGAAGCAGGCAGGCAUUUUGAAAAGGCAGCUGAGGAAGCAGCCAGGGAAGGCAACAGCUGGCCACCUUCAAGGGAGGGAAAUGCCAGCAGCUGCCUGGCGGAAGUGAGCAAAGCUGACAUGUUGCCAUGGCAGAAAAUGUCCUCCAGGGAGCCUCUGCUUGUCCUUAGAUCCUGCCUCUUCUCCCGCUGCUCAUCGCCAGCUUAGGGUGGGAAACAGGGUGGGCGCAAAGCAGGUACACCCUGCUCUCGUAAGCCCGCGGCUUUCCUCACAAUCCUGCUCCUGGCUACCUGUAAGUUUCCUUGGGGCAGUGGAGCAAGUAGCCCAAAGCUGCUGUUCAGGGGCCUCCCUCCUGCACCGCAUGUAAGUCUUUGGCCCGUGUAAUUGUGGGGCAGGCAUGGGGGGCGAGGCAUGAACCCCCCUUGCUGCCUUCCCCAGUGGGGGGUGGGGUGGGAUCUGGACUCCCCUUGUGCCUCUGUCCAGGAAAGCCAUGGGAGCUGGCUGACUCCGUUUCCCCCUUCUCAGAAGGGCCGUGCGGGAAAAGGGUGACCCUCCUCCCCUGAUGGUCGCCUCCCCCACCCCCCAGGAGAGGCAAUUGGGUUGCCGUAUCUGUUUUGAAUGGGGGCCUUGGAGUUACGUUGCUGUCUCGAAGGCUUAAUUGUACAAAGGGUUGCUGCUGUGGUACUAAGGGUGAUAAAAGUAUUUUUUUAUAA